CCACCUCUGUCGAGCCUGGAAUUCUGCUGCAUUCGACCUGCCUCAGAUAGGAUCCUCGAACUCUGCACAAUGGUCUCCGACAAGGUCGAAAAGAAGCGCAAGCGCGCCUCUGACCGCCACGAGCGGCCCAGCAAAAAGCCUGCCCUGGGACUGCAAGAUCUGCCUCCUCUGGCCUCCAGCGUCGUGGAGGAUGAUAGCGAACUUGCCCCGGUCAUCGUGACCACUCCCGGCCUAAACGCACCCCGCAAUCUCCGGCUUAAGCCCUAUCUCAAAACCCGCAGCAAGACCUCUUCCACUUCGACGCGCAACAAGGGAAUAGUCUCGUCUGAGCUGCUGCUCCAGUCUGCUGAGCACCCCAAGCUGGACUUUGUGGGUCGCGAGGCGGAGGAGGACGCCGACUCGCAGCUGAAGCACUACGUCGCAGUGGUCGACCCCGAGAACAAGACAUGGCAGUUUGUCGAGGUCCGAAAAAUGACGCUGCGCGGUGCGGUGCGGAAACUGCGCUCUAUCGAUGAAGAAGAAGAGGAGGAGGAAGAGGAGGAAGAGUUGCAAACCCUUCGUGCCCAACGCACUGAACUCACCAACACCUUCGGUACCAAGCAAUCCCGCAAAGCGGCGCAAUCUCUGGCCGAAAACGCACAGCUCUCCAACCUGCCUUCAGGGGCCGCCUCGGCCGCGGAGUCCGCCAUUCUGUCCUCGAUGCCGACGGAGGGCGUCAACGAUAUUGCCGCCAAGGCAGCCAUGGUGCAGGCGCAAGUGCAGGCCAACAAGCCUAUCCCGACGCCGCACCUGGACGCUGCUCACCCGGCAGAGGUAUACCCGCUCUCGGAGCUGGUGCCCAACGGCGAGUCGACGCUCCGACAGCUGCCCGGUGUGCAAGAAUGGAUCGAUACUGCCACAUCCGGGGAACCCGUGGUCACGACCUCGCGGUACGUCUCGCGCCGCGUCGAGGCCGUCAUCCAGUCCGGCAACACCACCCACCUCCAGAUCCUCCGCUUCAUCCUGCUGCUCCUCGAACUCAACCGCCAUCUCAAACGCGACCCCAAGGGCGCCGGCCCCGGCAGCAAACGCCUUCCGCCCCGCAACGAGCUCCGCACCGUCCUGUCCGGCGGCACCUCUCCCACAUCCGCGUCCUCCUCCGGCUCGUCCGAAGCCAUCCCUGACCCGAUCAUCGACGCCAUCCGCCGCAAGUUCGCCCCGGGAACCGGCGGCUCUCUUUCGCGCAACGACGUCACCUUCCUUCACACCACCAUCUGCGCUCUGUCGCUGCACAUCCCGCCCCAACCGGCCAAGGAUGGCGGAAACAGCUCCCAGGGCGGCAACGCCCCCAACGAGCUGGCCACCGACCCCUCGGAUCUGCGCGAUGAUCUUCACCUCGAGAGUCCUGUCAUCCUGCAGUACUUCCGCGAGCUGGGCUGCCGCGUCGAUAAACCCCGCGAGUCCGAGUUCGCCAAGUGGGGUAUCAAGGGCGGCAAGGCUGAGGCGGCGGCUCGCAGAGUGGCCAGGUUGCGGAUUCCUGUCGAAUUUCCCAAGGUAAGCCGCGGUGGUGGGAAGAGACGCUAGUGGAUAAACCCCCAAGCCACCCAAGAAGAAAGAAUAACAAUACCUCCCCAAAUUAUUAUCUGGGCCCUUUUGUAAAUUAGGAGGGAAAUAAGAGCUUGAGGGGGUUGUCCCAAUGCUUCAACCACCCCUACCUCCGCUAAUUGGAGCGUCGUUCCUCCCAAAGUUUCUUUUUCAGUAACAAGGAUGGAUGUUUUACCAUGUUCAUAUGCGCUGUGGUUGCAUGGUCGAGCAAAGGGGAGUCAAUCCGGAGUGGGCGGAUCCUCAGCUACUGAUAGCAUUUGUUUGUUCAGACCCAUAAAAAAAAGCAUCUGGUCCUUUGUUUCGGGGCGUUUGAUCGUCCCUUGGCGUCCUGGUUCCUGGUUGUUAUGUCUUGUUUUGUGUGUUUGUAUGUAUGUCACGGUAUGUCUUAUGUAUGUAUUUGAAGUUAUCUGGUGAGUGAGGUAGUUGGUAAGCGGCGAGGAAGUAGUUAACUACUAGAGACAGAGAG